AACAAUUCCCUCCCUCUUUCCACCCUCUUUCUGCCGUAAACCCUAGCCAGACUCAGAAAUGACAACCAGCCUCAAGAAAAACCGCAAGAAGCGCGGCCACGUGAGCGCCGGCCACGGCCGAAUCGGCAAACACCGCAAGCAUCCGGGAGGACGUGGUAACGCCGGAGGUAUGCACCACCACCGCAUCCUCUUCGACAAGUACCAUCCCGGUUACUUCGGUAAAGUAGGUAUGCGAUACUUCCACAAACUCCGCAACAAAUUCCACUGUCCCACCGUGAACAUUGAUACUCUCUGGUCUCUGCUACCGCAAGAGGUGAAAGAUAAAGCGGCGAAGGAGAAGGAUAGGGCACCGGUUAUCGAUGUUUCGCAGUUUGGGUACUUUAAGGUUCUCGGGAAAGGGGUUUUGCCGGUGAAUCAGGCGGUUGUUGUUAAGGCGAAGCUGAUUUCGAAGACUGCGGAGAAGAAGAUUAAAGAGGCUGGUGGUGCUGUUCUUCUUACUGCUUAAUUAGGUUUUUUGGUUUAUAGUUUCUGUUUGAUUUUUCAAUCCUGUUUUAGACUUUUUAAUUUUUAAUACUUAUUAAAAGAAAUGAAAUGGUUAAUUUUCUGAUUUUGAUGAA